AUGCCGCUGGUGGUGCUGUGCGGGAGGCCGGGCAGCGGCAAGAGCCGGCGGGCGGCGGAGCUGCGGGAAGCGCUGGGCGGCGAGGAGAGGCAGGGCUACGUGGUGGGCGAAGCGGAGGGCGGCCGGGGGGAGCUGCGGGCCGAGGUGGAGCGGCGGCUGAGCCGGCGGGACGUGGUGAUCGUGGACGCGGGUAACGAGCUGCGGAGCAUCCGCUACGAGCUGUACUGCGCCGCCCGGCAGGCCGGCACGUCCCGCUGCCUCCUCCACUGCGCCGGCGGCCCGGGCCGCCCCGACGAGCCGCCCUUCGAAACCCCCGACCCCAACAACCGCUGGGACCGGCCGCUCUUCACGGUGAGCGGGGAGGAGCCGCUGCCGCUGGCCGCCAUCCGCGCCGCUCUCUUCCAGAGCGCCCCGCCGCCGCCGCACCGCGCCACCCGCGCCCAGCCCCUGCAGUCCAGCGGCUUCCUCCACCACCUGGACCGGGUCACCCAGGAGGUGCUGGCCGCCGUCAUGGCCGCCCAGAGGGACGGGGCUCAGCCCGGCGAGACGGUCCGCGUCCCCGGCGUGGCCGAAGGGCUGGUGCUGACCCGGCCGGUGAGCAUGGCCGAGCUGAGCCGUCUGCGCAGGCAGUUCAUCAGCUACACCAAGAUGCAGCCCAGCGACGAAAACUUGCCCCAGUUGGCCAGCAUGUUCCUGCAGUACCUCAGCCGCAGCAUCCAGUGAACCCUGGCACCAGGUCGCCAUGGUCCGGACCCAAUGUAUUCACAAGAGUAAGAACAUGCCUUCCAGCCACAGACCCCAUGGAGCUUGGGUCCCACAUGUCAUGGAUCGGAUCAUGGAAUCAUAGAAUCAUAGAAUCAUCUAGGUUGGAAGGGACCUUAAAGAUCAUCUAAGUCCACCUCUCACCUCUUCGUGAGGGCCAUGAAGAUGACCAGAGGGAUGGAGCACCUCUCCUAUCAAGACAGGCUGAGGGAGCUGGGAUUGUUCAGCCUGGAGAAGAGAAGGCUUCGGGGAGACCUUAUAGCAGCCUUUUAAUACC